AUGAGUAAUCAAUGGUAUGAUCCUCGACUCGAUGCUCUUUUCAUUGAGGAAGCUGAUCUUGUGGGCAUCGACCUUCCAAGGAGCAAAUUGAUUGGAUGGCUAGUCAAUGGAGAUUCGAGACUUUCGACGAUUUCGGUGGUUGGGAUGGGUGGCCUUGGCAAGACUACUCUAGUAAAGAAAGUCUAUGAUAACCAACAGGUGAAGAAAUGUUUUGAAACAUAUGCUUGGAUCACUGUCUCGCAAUCGUUCAAAGUGGAGGAACUUCUUCGAAGCAUGAUAAAGCAAUUCUUUGAGGAGAAGAAAGAUCCAUCUCCCCAAGGAUUAGACGUGAUGACACAGGUCGAGCUCAUCCAAAUGCUACGGAGCUACUUGCAGAACAAAAGGUAUGUACUUGUUCUUGAUGAUGUAUGGAAUUUCAUAAGAAAUGUAUUGCCUGCUAGCAAUUAUAAUAGUAGGGUAAUGAUCACCACACGCAAAGAUGAUGUCGCAUCAUCUUCUUGCGUCGGACUCUCCGAUCACAUCUACAAUCUUCAACCUCUGCCUCCAAGUGAGGCUUGGUCUCUGUUUUGCAAGAAGGCAUUCCAUUCGAACUACGAGAAUUGUUGCCCUCCUGGAUUGAAGAAACUUUCUCAAAGCUUUGUAGAUAAAUGCCAAGGAUUACUGCUGGCGAUUGUCGCAUUGGGUAGUUUUCUAUCAAUCAAGGACAAGACAUGUUGA